AUGGAAAUGAUAACACGUGAAAAUUUAUUGAUUGAUGAUUGUGAUUAUGAUGGUGUGCAGUUUCAUUUUCUUCCUAUUGAUGUUGAUGAAUCAACAUUAUAUGAAACCGGUGAUUAUAUAUUGAGAUUACAUGGAAUUUUGACAAAUGGUCGUAGGAUGCGAAUUGAUGUGUGUGGGAUUAAACCAUUUUUUGAUAUUCUGAUAGAUGGGGUGAAUGUGGAUGAGAUGUUAUCAGAAAUCAAAUGUGAAUCGCAUGAGGUGAUUCAAGCAAAACCAAUUAAUUUGUUUUGUGGAAAUGCUAAGGAAUUUGUUCGUUUUUACUUUAAGAAUAGUGGAAUUCGAUCGAAACAAUUGAAAAUGGUGAAGGAUCGAUAUGUGACAUAUUCUAACGAUCUUACGUUUCACUAUCGCAAGGUGUUAAAUGUUCAUCGUGAUCAUAUAAUCAAUGGUCAGAAUCCCCCAAAAAGGAAUCGAAUUAUGAUUCUUUGUUGGGAUAUCGAGACUUAUAGUUCACGUGAUGGUGGUGAGGUUCCAAAACCAGAAUAUGAUGAGGAUGAGGAUUUGAAUGAAUGUGAGGAUUGGAUAUUUAGGAGAUCAUAUUCUCAAGAACAGAUGAUAAUGAAUUUCGCAUAUUGUGUAAGAUUAAUUAACCCAGAUGUGAUGAUGGGAUUUAAUGAUGGUGGAUAUGAUUGGCCAUUUGUACUCAAGAAAGCUGAACGAUUGAAUUUACUGCAAGAUUUUGUGAGUGUUAUGGGUGGAACGAAAUUUAAAGGAAGUUCGAUCAUUGAUGCAGGUUAUAAUAUUUAUGAGAAUAAUAUUAAGAUUACGGCUCAAGAUAAUGUCAAGGUGAUGUAUUUUCGUAGAUUGGGAACGUUGAUGAUAGAUGUAAUGGUAUCAUUUCGAAAGAUGUAUCCAAACUCGGAGAGAAAUUCACUCUCUCAUUUUCUGAAGAUGACAAAUCUUGAAGGAAAGGUGGAUCUAUCCCAUUUAGUUCUGAGGAGAUAUUACCGAGAUUGCAAGGAGGGAAAUGUAAAGAUCAAAGCGUGGUCGAUAAAACAUGAAAAUGCAAGUGAUAGUAUGGGACUUUAUGUAAUUGUUCAGGGACACCUAAAGGAUAAGCGUAAUGAGAUGAAAUUAAAGAUGAAACAGUUGGGUGGAAUUUUGGAGGAAAAGAGAUCAAGAGAUGAAUAUAAUGAUGA